AGACUUUACUACUUCAUACAAUCUCUUUCUCUCUCUCCCUCUCUCUCUCAUCCCAACAUCUCUUAACUUGGUCAUUUAUUAUUAUGGUCAAGAAAGGAGAGGGAGUGAGAGACUGAUCUCCUCCAUUCAACCUGAUCAUCCUAUCAAGCUAUUGAUUCAUUUGUAAACUCAAAGCAUCCCAACUUUCAUUCAACCAAGAAACCAUGGACACGGCAUGUGAUCGGAUCAUCGACAAGAGAGAUGAUCGUCGUGUUUAUUCUCCGGGAAUCUCAGGUGAGAAGCGAAUUAUGGAUUUCUUCGCCGAUCACAACAACUCUUGCAAGAAACCUCUAAGGGUUGAUGUCAAGAAAGAGAGUACUGCUAAUGAUGGCGAGUCCUCACGAGGGUUCACAGAACUCGAUACUGGUUUAAAUCUUCUCACCGCUAACGCGGAAAGUGACAAAUCGGUGGUUGUUGAUGAAACAUCACCUAACAUCAAGGAAAAGAUAAGCACCAAUAAGUUAGCAGUCCUGCAGGCCGAGAUGGACAGGAUGAGCACAGAAAAUCAACGCUUGAAAAGCGCGCUGAAUCAAAUGAACAACAACUACUAUGCCUUGCAGAUGCAUGUUGCAGCGCUGAUGGAGCAUCGACAACAGAUCCGAAAAACCACGACAGUCGAAGAAAAACAGAUGAUCGAUGUAACAGAGAAAAGGGUGGUUGCUAGACAAUUCAUGGAUCUCGGUCAAGCAGCCAUAGUCGAAAGAGACGAUCCUUCGCAGAGUUUAUCUGAAGAAAGAACUCAGGAUUGUUCUGGAUCGCCUCAAACGAACGUGUCAGUGAUGAACGAUCUGCAGAAGAAUAGUGGUGAUGAGAUAGCAGCGUUUGAUCCGACUAAGUGUGAUCGUAGAGAUGAGCAAAGGUUUGGGAGGGGAAAGAGCCCUGACGUUGCAGAGCAGACGAGAGAGGCGGCCAUGAGGAGAGUCCGUGUCUCGGUUCGUGCACGAUCAGAGGCAGCCAUGAUAUCUGAUGGAUGUCAAUGGAGAAAAUAUGGGCAGAAGAUGGCAAAAGGAAACCCGUGCCCCAGAGCCUACUAUCGUUGCACCAUGGCAGUCGGUUGCCCAGUUCGCAAACAAGUGCAAAGAUGUGCAGAAGACCAAACCAUCCUCACAACCACUUACGAAGGCAAUCACAACCAUCCUCUCCCUCCAGCAGCCAUGACAAUGGCAUCAACAACCUCAGCAGCAGCAACAAUGUUCCUCUCAGGUUCAAUGCCUAGCUCUGAUGGUCUACUCAACUCUCGAACUUUACUUUCUUGCCCACCAAACAUGGCAACCAUAUCGGCCUCGGCUCCAUUCCCUACUAUCACAUUGGACCUCACCAACAGUCCCAACCCCUCUCAGUUUCACAGACCACAAGGUCAAUUCCACAUCCCUUUUCCAAACAUUCCUCAAAAUUUCUCUUCUGGGCCUCAGAUUCUUAGCCAAGCUCUGUACAACCAAUCCAAAUUUUCUGGUGUUCAGAGCUCUCAGGACAUAAUGAGUGCCAUCACAACAGACCCCAAUUUUACAGCAGCUUUAGUAGCCGCUAUUACUUCGUUCAUGGGCAAUGUUCAAUAAAUAUGUAGGCCCAGAACCAGCCACAGAAUCAAAAACCCGUUGCUAAAAAGACUGCUCCACUCACGUUGCUCUACUGAUAUUUUCUGUGAUCAGUUCUGUGGAAGGUCUUAUUGUGAAAUAUUUAUCUACGCAAUAAUAGUAGCUAGCAACAUCAAUUCUACAAGAAACAGCAAAGGCAGCAAUAUAAAAACCCAUUUUUUGUAGAUAUUUUUACGAAUGCAUUGCGAUUUGUGAUUCUUCUUUGUCAUGUACGAAAAAUACAGUCUCAUGGGUUUGCUUGCCAUUUUAUUUCUCUUCCUUUACUUUUUUUUGGUCGUUCGAGAAAGGUAUUUACUAUUUACAGAAAUUUCGCUGUUCUUUUGUCUUCCUCCACGUUGAAUAGGAGCAUGCAAAUUAUGUGAUUGUAAAAAUAAAUUGCUCACAGUGAACAGUCUGUAAAAAUCUCUUUUCUCUA